AUGGCAGCUCUCUCGUCGGAACAGCGGGAGCUCCAGCUGGUGGAGAAUGUCGAGUUCAAGAUCCUCGCCGUGGCCAACAAGGAGGACAAGCUCCAGCACCUGCUGCAGCUCUACCUGACGCCGCUGAUACUCAAGGCCGCCAGUAGCCACGGCUCGGUUCGCGAGAGGGUGAUACGGGUAUUGGCCCGGCUCAAGACCUUUAUCCAGCCUCCGUCAAUUGUGCUGCCCGUCAAGGCACUGCUGGAGCAGUACAAAGCCAACGAGUCUCCCGUCAUUAAGCAGCUCGACCUGUCCUUUAUCCAGCACAGUCUGGACAGACUGGACGCCGAGGAUCGCGUGCCUCUCAUUCCCAUUGCCCUACAGGGUCUCGCCGCCGAUGAGGGCCAUCCUAGGGCCACCAGCAUACUCAACAUUGUCCUCCGACUGCUUCUCGACUCUCGGAUACCCCCUCGCGGAAGCAAAGAUGACGAGGCAUUCAGAUCUUCAGUUGGUCUCUCAGACGCCGCCGACGCGAGAUAUCUUUCCCAUGUCAUUGGAGUCUUCUUCCGCCUACGCGCCCCUACUGGCGUCCAGAGCUUGGCGCAGUCUAACCCGGCGCUUUCUCGACAAGAGCUGGAACUCUUCGCCAUGGAAAAUUCCGACUCCGAGAAAGUCUUCCGGCGCCUGUCUGAGCUCAAAGCCAAGCUGGUGGCCUUCUUGGCUAGCGGGGCUUUGACGGAUGACGAAAAGCUUCUCCCUGCUCUCUAUGCCGCGGCGGGCUUCGACAACAGGGUCGCCUCCACGGCCGAGGAGAUUAUCAAAAGGAGCUCCGUCUCCAUGGAGAACGAGGCGUUGGUCAAAAGCCUGUUUCACGCGCAUUCCAUCUUGCCAGCAGCCUAUCGAACCCGCAUCCUCGGCAUGCUGUCCAAGUCUGCUGUUUCGACGACAAUGACAGACAGCAUAGCGGGCGUCGUCGAGCGUGAUUUCGCGCCGCUGCGUUCAGAGGAGCCGUCUGCUGCUUCCAUGCAGCCAACAAGCGCCCUGGAACGAACCAAGCUUCACAACGCACUAUUCCAGUACCUGUCUUGGGUCGCCCGGAUCGGACCGUCGCAGCCGGGAUUCGCCAUUGGCCCUCCGCUCAUCCGCAGCAUGACGACUUAUAUUGAGACACAGGGCUGGCCUGCUCCGCAGAACUCGUCUCACGAUGAAGUCAACCUACGGUCCAAGGCCUACGAAACCAUCGGAAUGCUAGCAAGAAGCGCCGACCUGUCUGUGAAAGAGCGUUUGGAGCUCGGUGCUUGGCUGUUCCGCUCGCUGUCCGAGGAUCCCACCAAUGACGCGGUUGUCAACAUCGACGGCGCACUCUCGAGUCUGACGGCUGGUAUCCCGCCCAGCAUCGGGGGCGACCAAGAGCGGCUAAGGACCAUGCUCCUUACGUACAUGUCGCUUCCCGAUGAAGCCCCUGCCGUGAGAAGCACACGUCACGCUGUGGUCAAGUGGGCGAACCAGUGUCUUCCCUCUUCAGAUAUCCGUGGCCGGUGGAUCGACAUUUUGGCAGUAGCUGGGCGUUUGAAUGAACGGAGUGACGUGGUCGAGCAGGGCCACAAGGGGCUGGAUCCUUGGACGUAUUUCGCCCAUAGCGAGUCCAGGCUCCCCUUGCCUGACUGGAAGCAUAUGGUCGUCACCUUCUUCAACUCUCUCAUUGGGCCACAUCAGCCGUCUGGUCCGGCAUCCAGCGGCAGCUCGACAACUGCGUCAAGCGCCACCGUCUUCCAAAACUUCCCGGGAGGACGGAUCCAGGCGUUUCCUGUCGCACUCCGGUACUGCAAGCAAAUCAUGCUGCUCGCGGCUCUCGAUGACUUUAGCGUCCAGCCGGAUUGGAUGCAGGCGCUGGACGCACAGGUCAAGACAGAUGUGAAAUGCAGAGACAGGGUGCGAGCGUACCUGGGGACUGUCGACGGCGCCCACAUCGUCCUGUAUCUCAAGUCGUGUCUUGUAGGGGCUUUCCUGGAAGACUCCCCCAUCGUCGAAGAGUGCAUCAGAUGCUUCGUCGAUGUGGCCUCCUUGAGCCCGGAGGGUCCUUUGGGUGGCCUGGUAGACGUCAGUUCCGGCCUUCUUGGCUUGAUCAGGUCCAACAAGAAGGAGGUUCGAAGUCUGGGCGCCAGGGCUUUGGGCAUACUUGCCGCACACCCGGCCAACACAUCCGACAGCGUCAUGUUCUGGCGCACAACCCUGUGCUCGUUAUUUGCCGAUGCUGAACGUCUUGUGGGAUCCGACGCGAACGCCGCCGACGGUGCAUUGCUCGCGCUUGGUUAUCUCAACUCUCGAUCUGUCUACUAUGACCGCGAUUUCCCCAGAGACCUCGACUACCCCCUGCACCUUCUCGUCGAUAAAGCCGGAUCCUCGUCGCUCCAUGCUUCCGCGCUGGAAUCCUUUUCUCAACUGUGGUCCGCCAAGCUGGCGUUGCCCCCUGCAGAUGGAAAGUACUCUGCUCGGAUCGUAGUCGAGAGGCUCUCAGCCGAGGCCAAGAAGGGAAACGAAAGAGCCGUUGCAGCUCUGGGAAGUCUUGCCAUUGGGUUAGAUGAAUCUGAGGACACUGAGCUGGUCGAGGCUGCUCAAGACGGCGAGGAUGGGCCAGGUCGCGGCGUCUUGGGCUUGAUUCUCAAGGAGCUGCUUGCCCUGCACGAAGUGAAGCAGGUCGAGCUUCAAUUCACCGUCGGAGAUGCAAUCACCGCCGCCGCGGCGCGCUGGGAGUCAGACUACGUCAUCCUGAGGCUGGACGUCGAGGCACGCAGCUCGCAGUUCCGUACCGGUGUGAGAGCGACCCUCCUCGAAGCUGUUCUCGGAAGACUUCUGCAAGGCUCCAAGGCUACGAAGCCGUCCCUCCUCAAGGCGUCUGGCAUCUGGCUCUUCUGCAUCGUGCAGUAUUGUUCGCACCUACCACAGGUUCAGGCCAGGCUGCGCGAGAUCCAAGCUGCCUUCAUGCGGCUGCUCACCGCGCGAGACGAGCUUGUCCAGGAGACGGCAUCUCGCGGCCUAUCCCUCGUCUACGAACGAGGCGAUUCCGAUCUCAAGUCUGCGCUGGUUAGGGACCUCGUGUCUGCCUUUACAGGAUCAGGAACGCAGCUCAAAGUGGGCGAGGAGACGGAGCUGUUUGAGCCUGGCGCGCUGCCAACAGGGGAGGGGAGCUCGGUUACGUCGUACAAGGACAUUGUCAACCUGGCUAACGAGGUGGGGGACCAAAGGCUAGUCUACAAGUUCAUGUCGCUGGCAGCCAACGCGGCGACGUGGUCCACGAGGUCAGCCUUUGGUCGAUUCGGGCUCAGCAACAUUCUCUCCGAGUCAGAGAUUGAUCCCAAGCUCUACACGAAGCUGUACAGAUACCGAUUCGACCCCAACCCCAAUGUGCAGCGUUCCAUGGAGGACAUUUGGAAGGCCCUUGUCAAGGACUCGAAUGCCACGCUCGACGCACACUUUGACGCCAUCAUGGAAGAUCUCUUGAAGAGCAUAAUUGGCCGAGAGUGGAGGGUACGACAGGCUAGCUGCGCGGCCAUUUCUGACCUUGUUCAAGGACGGCCGUUUCCGCAGUACGAAAAGUACUACAGAGACGUCUGGACGGCGGCCCUCAAGGUGCUGGACGACGUCAAGGGGAGCGUCAGGGAGGCCGCGCUCAGGCUUUGCAUGGCCUUGUCAAACAGUCUCGUCCGUCAACUGGAAGAGGGCAACCACGCGGCAGCGGCAAAAGCCAUGAUGCAGGAGGCACUGCCCUUUCUCCUCUCCGAAAAGGGCGUGGAGAGCUCGGUUGAAGACGUCCAGAUCUUUGCCACCAUUACCGUACUCAAGAUAUCCAAGCACGGCGGCAAGGCCCUACGGCCGUUUAUCCCAGGCAUGGUGACCCAGCUUCUAGGGCUCCUCAGCACCAUCGAGCCCCAGCAGAUCAACUAUCAUUACCAAAGGGCUGGAGAGGAGAGUCGCGAUAAGAUUGACCGACUGCGGUCGCAAAUGGUGAACCAAUCACCCAUUUCGGAAGCAAUCGAGAACUGCCUGCGCUUCGCCGACGUCGAAGUCAUGGCCGAGCUCGGGCCGCGACUCGAAGCGACCAUCAAGAGCGCCAUAGCAAUGCCAACCAAGAUUGGCUGUAGUAGGGUGCUGACGACGCUGGCGACGCGUCACGCAAGCGACAUUGCAUCCGUGUCGGGCCGCUUCAUGCAGCUGCUCGAGAAGCAGGUGGUGGACAGGAACGACGAAGUCAGCCAGGCGUACGCCCGCGCCGCGGCAUACGUGAUGAGGGCGGUCCCGGACGAGGCCCAGGCGCGAUUCUGCGAGCGGUGCAUCAGCAUGUACAUGCAGGCGGAAGACGAGAGUCGCCGUCAAAAGAUUGCCGACGCCAUGGUCGCUCUCGCAAAGGUCUCGCCCGACCACUUCACCGCCCACGAGACGGAGCUUGUGCCGUUCUCGUACCUCGGAGGCAACGAUUGCGAUGAAUAUACCCGCAAGGUGUUUCAGGAGGUGUGGAACCAGCAUGCGGGCAGCAGCCGUACCGUGGUUCGGUACGUCCCGGAGAUUGUUGCGUUGGUUCAGCGAUGUCUAGAUACAGCUCAGUGGUCGCUUCGACACACGGGAGCCUUUACCGUUGCCGCCAUGGUCGCCGACGUCGCCAGCGCCAGCGACUCCACGGGCGGGAUGGGAGAGGCGAGCCUCAAAGCCAUCUGGCCGCUGCUGGACAAGACGAUGGCGCUGAAGACGUUCCCCGGCAAGGAGAAGCUGCUCGAGUCGUUCCCCAGGUUUGUGGAGCAGGGGCAGCUCCUCUGGAAAAAGGACGAGGAGGUUGCAGCGCAGAUGAAGAAGAUUGCCCUGCGAGAAGCAAAACGAAACAACGACGACUAUCGGGUCCACGCUUUUCGCUGCCUGUGGCGGUUUGCCAAGGCAAGAGACGACCUGGACAUGCUGCAGGAAAUUGCCGAGAUGACGAAGCCGUAUCUGGAGGCUCAGAAGGACGAGGACAAGAUGGACGUGGACUCCAAGGGAGGCACCAAGCAGGAGGACCUCACCUUCAAGACAGCCAAGAGCGCUUUCGAGGCCGUUGCCCGCGGAUAUGCCCGGUCCUCAAGUAAGGACUUUCGACGCUCCCUCCGAGACAUCAUCGACACUCUCGGGCCAUAUCUCUCGAGCCCCCAGUUCGACAUCAUCAAGCGCGAGACAUGGUACGACUGCGUCUGCGACAUGAUGGCGGACGGCACCAAGAUGACAGGUCCAGCCGGACCUGCGCCGUCAGCGCCGUUUGACGGCAGCGGGGCACUGACGGCCUUGCUGGAGAGCCUGGACCUGGGGCGGGCAGAGGCGGGGACGGAAGCGCAGAGACUGGGGCGGGCCAAGGCGGUAUCUGCGACUCUGCGGGCUAGAAUUGACGGGGUGUUUGGGAAGGCCGAGGUGGCCAAGGCGCUGGAGGAAGCGAUCAAGGCGGCGAUGGGCGAGGAGCGGGCCUUUGAUGUGCAAAAGGCGUGGAGGACUGCGCUGGACGACGUACAGGAAGCGCUCAGGCAGUGA